GUCGCUGCUAGGACUCCUGGGAAGGGGUGGAGCCUAAGGGAGCGCUCGGGCUGGGCGGUGUGUGGGACUGGUGGCCUCUGCUUUCCCAGUGUUCUCCGGCGCGGUUUGGAGAUGCCCAUCCGUGGGGCGCGCUCGGAGGACGGCGCCGCGCCGGGCUCCGCGGACAGCUCAGCCGCACACAAAGAGGAGCUCAGCGGCAAGAUUAAAGAACAGAAAAUUGUUGUGGAUGAACUUUCUAACCUGAAGAAGAAUAGGAAAGUAUACAGGCAGCAACAGAACAGCAACAUAUUCUUUCUUGCAGACCGAACAGAAAUGCUUUCUGAAAGCAAAAAUGUCUUAGAUGAACUGAAAAAAGAAUACCAAGAAAUAGAAAACUUAGAGAAGACCAAAGUCAAGAAAUAGUCACCCUGAUUUCAUAGAACGAUGUGUGGCAUUUGCUGUUCUGUAAGCUUUUCUGUUGAGUGUUCCAGGGAAGGUUUAAAAGAAGACUUACUGCACAAUCUGAAACGGCGAGGA